AUGAAUGCACUUGCUCAACUGACCGAGGACAUAUCUUUGGAAACUCCAAGUCUGAAGAGCGUGAUACUUGCCGGGAUGACUGUAAACCCAAGCAUUGUUCAAAGAUGCCAAGAGGUUCUUGGUACCUCUACCCUGGAGAACUUCUAUGGCAUGACCGAAGGUGUCUUUAUCUCCACUGGACCCAUGGCAGAUUUGACCACUGCAGUGCUAAAUGAUAUUGUGGCUAUCGGAAAGCCAAUAUCCGGGGCUCAGGUACGAGUUUGUGACGCGAAAAACGGUUCAACCGUGCCUGUAGGUGUCGAAGGUGUGCUUCAUUUCUCGGGCGCGACGCUGGUCAAAGGCUACAUGAACUGCGAAAGCGAUGAAUUUUACAAUUCCGAAAACAGAACCUGGUUCGUGACAGGAGAUCAAGCAUUUAUGGGCAAUGAUAAGCAGCUAUACAUUGUUGGAAGACAUAAGGAUAUAAUUGUUCGUGGAGGAAAAAAUUUGUCUCCUUCCCGGAUUGAAGACUUAUUGAGCCAGAAUCCCCACUUCUUUGCCCUGGAGCCACAAGUGGUAGCAGGGGAGGACGACAUCGCGGGCGAGGUCCCCAUUGUUGUGACAAGAGUACCUACGACUGAUGACAUGGAGGAUAUGAUGCAGAAGAGCAUUUGCAAGAACCUUGGAGUUCACUAUACUCCCAGGGCAUGGAUCUCCUUAGAUUCUCUUGGACUCGAUGGUUUCCCUCGCACUUCUUCUGGCAAGAUACAGAUGGCGAAACUGAAAGGUCUAGUUGCCAACUAUAUGAAAGCUAAAGAACCCGCACAUACGAGCCAUCUAUCCUCUACUAUUGUGGCUAUCUGGUCGCAAUUACUAGGGAUCCAAUCUUCCCGUUUGGAUACCUCUGCCCCCGUUACCCAAGCAGCAGACAGUAUACUGAUGCUCAGCGCCAGAGCGAAGAUCAAACGCCAGACUGGGCUUGGUAUUUCUCUCACAGAGUGGCUUGCUAUACCUACAAUUGCUGAACAGAUUGAAACACUUGAGAGAGUUGGAACACGUGUACAUGGCAAUACUGAAGAACUUACGAAGUCUCAGGGGGAGAUUCGUUCUGGGCCACCGAGGAUGGAAGACAUGGUUCAUAUAGGGGACGACGAGACCGCUUUUCAUAUCACAAAAGAGAUAGUUGAGAAGAUUCUUGAGAAGCAAGAAUUCUCUUGGGAAGACGUAAAAGACGUGUUCCCCUGCACAGACUUUAUUCACAUACUUGGUCGUACGAGAACACCCAGGUCCGCUAUCACUCCUCCAGUAUCUGACAUAUUACAGGAAAUGCGGGCAGCUCUCGAAAAAACCUUGCUCGUUCAUCCUAUCAUGCUCUCGUAUCUCAUUACGGACAACGAGUUGUUGGACAAAGAGCUUGGUUUAUAUGUGACCAUGCGCCACAGUACAAAGAUUCUCGAAAAGUGCAUUCUGAAUUUUGACUCCGUGGAUACACUCGAACAAUUGCGGACUUUGGCGAUGGACUACCCUUUCGAAGACCAUGCGAUGUUGCCGGGGCCACUGUUCCGCUGUCUUGUCGUCUUUGUUCGGGAGACCAACUCGGCAGCCGUGAUCAGCAACAGUAGGUGUCAUAUAAUUCCCAUUAUACUCGCCUUCUAA